UUUUGGAUGACAAAUGAAGGAUUUUUCCUUUCCCAGCAGUGGCGUAGACAUUAGAUAAGAAGACGCUCCAAGCUGAGAAUCUCGCAUCUGCCCCAUGUCAACAUUCCUGUGUACCCUGCAAGCCACUAUGGGGCGCUGCCAAGUCCUCCUCCAGCUCGACCACGCAACCAUCGGCGGAGAGGGCGUAGGGGAAAGAGACAGGCGACGAUGGGGGCUGCAGCGGAGGGGUGGGCGAUGAGGGCGCCGGAGCGGAGGAGGCGGGCGUAGAGGGCCUUGAUGCUGCUGCUGGUGUCGGCCUUUACUUUAGGCCUCAGUCAGUCCUCUGCUCUGCUCUGCUCUGCUGCCUCCAAGUUGUUCGUCAUGGCGGCGGCGGCGGCGAAGCUCUUGCUACUGUAUGGGCCGAGCCGGGCCUUCGGUCCAGGCUUUGGGUUUUGGGCUGGUGGAACAAACAAAGUUGGGCCGCCUAGCCUGCGGCCUGCUGGCGUGCUGUGGAAUUCAAAGCGCCACCGCGGCGUGGCCUCGCUUCUUCCUUGGCUGCGAGUCGUCUUUGCCGCCGCCUCCUCUUGCCCCUCCUCUUCUUCUUCUUCCCCGCCACGCAACAAGCCAACUAGGUGAUCGAGGGGGACGAAGACCAUGGACGGCCUAAUCGGUCUGAUGAACCGCAUCCAGCGCGCCUGCACCGCCCUCGGAGACCACGGAGAAGGAACCGACCUCCCCACCCUCUGGGAAUCCCUCCCCACCAUCGCAGUCGUCGGGGGCCAGAGUUCUGGCAAGUCCUCCGUGCUUGAGAGCAUUGUUGGCACCGACUUCCUUCCCCGUGGAUCUGGAAUCGUCACGCGACGGCCAUUAGUGCUGCAGCUGCAUCAGGCACACAAUGGAGCUCAAGAAUAUGCAGAGUUCCUACAUUUGCCAAGCACUAGGUUUUCAGACUUUGCCCUUGUUCGACAAGAAAUUGCAGAUGAGACAGAUAGACUGACUGGGAGAACUAAACAAAUAUCCCCUGUCCCUAUUCAUCUCAGCAUUUAUUCGCCCAAGGUUGUGAACUUAACAUUGAUUGAUCUUCCCGGGUUAACAAAGGUUGCUGUAGAGGGACAGCCUGACAGUGUUGUUCAAGAUAUAGAGAAUAUGGUUCGUUCAUAUGUUGAGAAGCCCAACUGUAUCAUUUUGGCUAUAUCUCCAGCAAACCAGGAUAUUGCAACUUCCGAUGCGAUUAAACUCGCUAAGGAAGUUGAUCCAACAGGUGAAAGAACAUUUGGUGUGCUGACAAAGCUGGACUUGAUGGACAAGGGAACAAAUGCUCUUGAUGUUCUUGAGGGAAGAACCUAUAGGCUGCAGCGCUCUUGGGUUGGGAUUGUCAACCGCUCACAAGCAGACAUUAAUAGGAAGGUUGACAUGAUUUCUGCUAGGGAAAAGGAAAGGGAGUAUUUUGAAAGCAGUCCUGAUUAUGCACAUCUAGCCAGUAGGAUGGGUUCCGUAUAUCUAGCUAAGCUUCUUUCUCAGCAUCUUGAAUCUGUUAUCAAAGCGCGCAUUCCUAGUAUCACAUCAUUGAUCAAUAAAACUAUAGAUGAACUCGAAACAGAGCUGGACACCACUGGGAAAGCUGUGGCUGCUGAUCCAGGGGCUCAGCUGUACACUAUAUUGGACCUCUGCCGAGCUUUUGACCGUGUUUUCAAGGAACAUCUUGACGGAGGGAGACCUGGUGGUGAUAGAAUUUACGGUGUGUUUGAUCAUCAUCUCCCUGCUGCUUUUAGGAAGCUUCCCUUUGACCGGUAUCUGUCUGUGCAAAACGUUAAGAAGGUGGUCUCACAAGCAGAUGGCUAUCAGCCGCAUCUUAUCGCUCCUGAACAAGGUUACCGUCGGCUUAUUGAAGCUGGCCUUGCCUUUUUCAGGGGACCAGCAGAAGCAACAGUUGAUGCGGUCCAUGUUGUUCUAAAAGACUUGGUCAGGAAAUCCAUUGGAGAGACAGAGCAACUGAGAAGAUUCCCCACUCUUCAAGCUGCGCUUGCGACCGCUGCUAAUGAGGCCCUAGAAAGAUUUCGGGAGGAUGGGCACAGCACAGCACUUCGUCUGGUCGACAUGGAGGCUGCAUACCCGACGGUGGAAUUCUUCCGGAGGCUCCCUCAAGAUCCAGAUGCUAGUAAGGUUGGAAAUCCUUCAGCCGAGUCGGUGCCGGUGCCGGUGCCGGUGGACCGCUACGGUGAUGGGCACUACAGGAAUAUCGCCUCCAACGUGUCCGAGUAUAUACGGAUGGUGGGAGACGAACUGUUGAAGAAGAUCCCAAAGGCAGCGGUCCACUGUCAAGUUCGAGAGGCCAAGAGAUCUCUCCUGAACCAUUUCUACGUGCAGAUAGGGAAAAAAGAGGCAGGGCAGUUUGGGCAGCUGCUGGACGAGGACCCGGCCAUGAUAGAGUGUAGGCAGCAAUGCUGGAAGAGGCUGGAGCUGUACAAAUCUGCGAGGGAUGAGAUCGAUUCUGUGGCAUGGAGCAGCAGCAGAUGAUGAUGAGGAGUUCGUGACCGGAUUAAUUUUGCAGCGCUACCUAGCAAGCUUUUAUAGGCAGGCACGAACGAGUUUUACCUGGUAGCAGUGCCAGUACAUAUAUAGCAGUAUCCAUGAUAUAUUAGUCCUAAUAUAUAUAUAUAUGGUUGUUGUAUUGCACAUAUAUAUAUAUAUAUAUAUAUAUAUAUAUAUAUAUAUAUAUAUGUGUGUGUGUGUGUGUGUGUGUGUGUGUGUGUGUGUGUGUGUGUGUGUGUGUGUGUGUGUGUGUGUGUGUGUGUGUGUGUGUGUGUGUGUGUGUGUGUGUGUGUGUGUGUGUGUGUGUGUGUGUGUAUGUAUGUAUGUAUUACUCGAUCGGGGUCACACAAAAGGAUCGGACAUGCUUAUGAUCUUACAUCAGAAAUAUAUGAUUCAGACAGAAUUAAUUAAUAGUCAA